UCUACAGCAACAGAAGAUCCCUACCUUUUUAAGUCCACAGAAGCUCAAAGCUCCACUCUUUCUCAGCAAAAGAGUCCAUGUCAGACAGCUGCAAUUCUCGCCACUUCUCGUGGCUAAUGAAAUCUUGCUUCCCCAAUCCGCAAGACCCCAGCAAAUCUCUCUCGCCAAAUCCCAUUCACCCCAUCGCUAUCUCCUCCAACAUCACCACCACUCUCUGCUCUCUCCCCGAUGACCUCCUCUUAGAAUGCCUCUCCAGGGUCCCCUCCAGCUCCCUCCCUGCUCUCUCCCUUGUCUGCCGCCGCUGGUCUUACCUCCUUCGUUCCCCCGCUUUCCUCUCCCUUCGCCGCCUUCAUAAACUCCUUCACCCCACUGUCUUCGCCUUCUCUGCUUCCGACUCUGGCCUCUUUGCUGCCUCUCUUCGCUUCCAAGAUGAUCGAAUCAACAUCCAUGGACUCGGGAAGGUUGCUUCGUCUAUUCCCUUUCAAAUUGCUUCACUGGAUAAUAUUUCCCAUUCCCGAUUGUCUGCAAUUGGACCCAGAGUCUACAUUAUUGGGCGGAGUGGAUUGCUGUGUUAUGAUACUUGGAGCGGCACUGUUUCACUCAGGUCUUCCAUGAUUUUCCCCAGGAAGAAAUUCGCCAGUGCUGUGGUUUGUGGGAAAAUAUACGUUGCCGGAGGUGGAUCACGGGUAGCGGCGGUUGAGGAGUAUAACCCUGAAAGCGAUACAUGGGCAGUGGUGGCACACGCUCCCAGGAGGAGAUUUGGGUGCAUUGGGGCAGCCGUUGAUGGUGUGUUCUAUGUAAUUGGAGGACUGAAAAUUGGUGCAGUGACCGGAAAUGAAUUCUCACGCUUGGCCGCGGCAGGGGCAGAGGCUCAUGUGUAUGCAAGCUCAAUGGACUUGUACGAUGUGGAGGCAGGUGUAUGGCUGAGGAGCCGAGCGGUUCCCGGCGGUGGGUGUGUGGUGGCAGCAUGUGCAGCAGCAGGGCAUGUUUACAUUCUAGCCAGCCACGCGGUGGAGCUAUCGUUUUGGCGAUUUGACGCUCGUAGACAAGCAAGCGGCGGCGGUGGAUUCGGUGAAUGGUGUCGGAUGAAAAGCCCUCCACUGCCAGCCCAAGUUAGACUAGACAGUAUAGUGAGGUUCAGCUGCGUAGGAGUGGAAGACAAGGUGGUUCUGAUUCAAGUUAACGGUUGCAUUGACGAUUUGUUGAGAAGGAGUGGAAGGAAUAUCAGGGGAUUAAAGGAAGGAUUGAUUUUGGUUUACGAUUCUGGCCGUGGCGAGUGGAGUAGAGGCCCAGAUCUGCCGGGAGUGAUUCGACGCGCCGCUUGUGUGACUGUGGAAUGCUGAGGGAACGCAAUUAUGACUAACGUGCGCCGAGAAUCAGGUGCAUGUUAGGGAAAGCUUGCGUUACGCUGGCUAACGUACGCAAGUAGAUGUCGUUUCGGUAGCAGACAAAAUUAUCAAUGUAACAUGUGUUUGAUUGCCAUUUACGAUAAAGCUAAAGCGACGCCUGGGGGCACAUAUAUUCUGAUUUUUUAAAAAUCAAAUUAAAAAUGGUCUUUUUUUUUU